AUGAAUAGUAUUCCAGACAAUACCGCGAAGAAUCCUGUCACUGCGGCAGUUACAGUAGCAGUGACUGACCAUGUCUUAGCCCGCGCUGUGUACACAUUGAUAAGUGUAUUGACGAAGCCAGUAGCUGAGUUAAUGAGAACAGGUCUGGAGAGUGUUAGCCAGCUCGCUCCACAAAGACCGACAAAACAGCAAGUUGCUGCAAUACCAAGAAGGGAGACAUUCUGGACAGCUUCAUACGCUGUUCGGCCUACAUUAUUCGCAUCGCUGGCCUCCUUCAAGGAUGCAGAUGUCUGCAAAGACGUGAACGUGCCGGGGAAAACCAGAUACCCGGCCAAUAGAAUCCAGCAGAAAGUCGCCGCCAGAAUAUUCGAUCCGGCGAUUCAGAUGCAUGCUGAGAAUCGUCUCUUGACACGGUCCAACUUUGGGGGACAAGAGAACGAAGGGACGGCAAGCGAAAUCGGUUAA